UUGAGGAGAGGAAUCCAAUUAAUUCAAGUGAAGAUGUCGUGGCAAACCUACGUGGAUGACCACCUCAUGUGCGAUAUCGACGGCCAGGGCCACACCCUCGCCGCCGCCGCUAUCAUCGGCCACGACGGCAGCGUUUGGGCCGAGAGCUCCAACUUCCCUCAGUUUAAGGGUCAAGAAAUUGAAGGUAUUAUGAAAGAUUUUGAUGAACCAGGAACCCUUGCCCCAACGGGGUUAUACCUUGGUGGUACCAAGUACAUGGUCAUCCAAGGAGAAUCUGGAGCUGUUAUCCGCGGCAAGAAGGGUGCAGGGGGGAUCACUAUUAAGAAAACAAAUCAAGCUUUGGUUAUUGGUAUCUAUGAGGAACCUGUGGCCCCAGGACAGUGUAACAUGAUUGUUGAGACGUUGGGAGAUUAUUUGAUUGACCAGGGCUUGUAGAUCUUAUCUCAGUUUUUUUUUUAUUAUUAUUACAGUUUCGGGCUUGCAUCUUCUUUGAAAUGGCACUCAAGUUUUUUUCUGUUAGAAAAAAAGGAACCAUAAAAGUCAUGUUUCAUGCCUUGGGAUUUUAUUUUAUUUGUUUUUGUGGGAUCAUGCCUUAGGUUUGUUUCUCUCUAGUUUAUUUAAAUUCACUUUUAUUUUGGCCUGUGAUUUGAUUGUUCCCCUUCCAAAAGAAGUGUUCAAUGUGUCUGUUGGUUUUUCUAA